AUUACACAUAUAUAGUUAACAAUAAUGAUUGAACAAGCCGAGUACCCAUUACUUUCCACCUUUGUUGAAAAUGCAGUCAUCCCUUCAAAAGUGAGACCCUAAAAUCUCUACUUGAACAACCCUAGCUCAUAACCCUAUUACUCAUUUACUCUCCACCUUAUUUUCUUCCAAAAGCUCUAGCAUUAUAAUCUCUCUCUCUCUCUCUCAUGGAUUGUUGUAGCAUCAACAUAAGAUAUGUGGUAUUAGCAGCAAUGGUGGUAGCAUUUGCAUCAUGUGAUGAUGCAAAAGACAGAGAAGAAUGUGCAGAAUCAGUGGUGGGACUUGCAACCUGCCUCCCUUAUGUAGGAGGCAGUGCAAAAUCCGCGACGCCGGAUUGCUGCAGCAGCCUCAAGCAGGUGCUGAACACCAACAGAAAGUGUCUGUGUGUGAUCAUCCAUGACAGAAAUGAUCCAGAUUUGGGACUCACUAUCAAUCUCACUCUUGCUCUAGCCCUCCCUCAAGCUUGCAAUGCACCCGCCAACGUUUCCCAGUGCCCCGCUCUGCUGAAGUUGCCACCAGAUUCACCAGAUGCUCAGAUCUUUUACCAAUCUGGCAAUGCUACUAGCAGCCAUGUUGCUGGAGACAAUGUUAAGCCUGGUGCUGCUCCAUCAAAUUUUACAACUGAGGGAAGCAGUGUUGAGCAGGAAAGUGAUGGUUCUGCCAAUGUGAAUACAUUUGUUGGACUCAAAGUCUUUGGUGGACUCUUGUUUUUGUGGUCUGUUUUUGUCGUCUAAAAUGCUUCUUUCAAACCUUAGAUUUGUAUUGAGAGAGUAAGUGGGAUUUUGGAUGUUGAUGAUGUUUGUUUUAAGAUUCAAAUUUGUGCUCUCAAAGCCGAGCUUAAUAUA